GCUCUUUGAAAAAAGAACACCGCCACUCUAUCCGAAAAAGUAGAGCAGACGAUUAAGAAGCUAGGCCUUGCCUACGACGUGCUCGUAGAAUUUCUUCAGCUUCCCCGAUUAUGUUACUGUAAAAUUUAUUGAUAUUGUCUUGAUUGAUUUGAAAGGGAAAUGUUUAACAACAAAGUUAGCCGCAAAGAACUGUUCACGUCAAAUCCUGGGCAAGUUUUUCAGCAGCAAUUUUCGAGUAAGGAUUUCAAUGACUCAGCAUUCAUGUCAAGUGAAAACCUGAGUGAUCCCAGUUCUCAGAUUGAAAACUCUCAAGGCUCAUAUGAUAUGUACUCUCAGAGGUUUUCACAAUCAUGUUCCCAGCCCUCUGAGAAUUCAAGCGAAAGGUCAAGCCAAAAGUUUUAUAGAAAGUAUAUGUCAAAAGCUCCGCUAUUCCAAAGAGAUCCGACAUGCAGCGUCGAAAAGCACUCUUCAAAAAAACCGUCAGAUUACCUUGAGCAGUUAGAAUUGAACAAACAGAGGGCAAAAGAAAAGGAUAACCGGGACCUACUGAAUACAUUUGUAUCACUUGUUAAGGAUUGUUCUGAUGAAGUUAAAACAGCUGUACAGAUUAUUAAAGACAGUGUCAACAAGAAAGUGUCUGACAGUGCUGACCAGUCCGCCAAAAUAAUUGACAAACUUAAUGAAGGCCUGUCUGUGCAUUAUCAGCAAUUAUUUGAGGCUAUUCAGACUAAGCAACAACUGACAACUUCAGAGCUGCAAGAGAUUAUAGCAACUCGUGAUGCUAAGAUUGAACUUCUUGAGUCCCAGUUAGAAGUAGCACAGGAAGAAACAAAUGAGAAAGUGAUGGCAUUUCUGAAAGAGGCUUACAAUGAGCAGAAGCAACUUACAAAGUCUCAGCUUGAGCAACUUGAAAGGAAUCAACAGAUGACUAAUGAAAAGCACAUCAAAACUCUACAAGAACAGCAAGAAAGUUUCAUCAAGGAAAAGAGAAUCAUGGAGUCUGAGUGUAAGUGCUGUGAUGGCCAAGGGAUGUCCAAGAAUUCAGAUCAUGUUAGAAAUGUGCCACAUGCAGUCCCUGUGAACAAAGUGCAGUUAGAAGUCAACGAUACUAAUAUACAAGUUUUAAGAGGACUAGCCUAUCAAUCUCAAGCAGUUUGUGCAGCAUUACCAGCCACAGUCUACCAACAGAAUCCAGUAUCACAGACAUGUUGGGCAGUACAGCCCCAACACUCUCAAACCUCAAACCACACUUUGACGAACAGCGUAAAACAACUUCAUCAUUUGCAGAUGAAUAGUAGUCAACAAAGCAGUGUGUUAUUCCACCCUCAGAAACAUAAUACAGCUACCAUACUUCCUCGACCAUUGUCAUCGUCUUCUCCAGAGAUUGUCUCACCCAUUCUGUCCGGAUCAACUGGUAGAUGGUUUGCAGAUUCAUACGUGAAGAAGCCAUCGCCAGUAGCAACAGUCAUCCCACUCAUGAAAAGCAGGAUAGAAGACGAUGCUACUAGUACAGAUUUUAAAGUCGAUAAAGCUGUUCAAAGGAAUGGUUCGAUCAAUUUUAGUAAGGGACAGGCAAGAAAAUAUAAUUCAGCCAGUCUAAAAGUUGCCCCUACUAGGCAAUCUGCAAGGCUACGGGCCAGUGAAGUUAACCUUCCACCAAGAUCUUUAAAAGACAAUAUCAAUAUCCAAGGUCACAAUCUUCCAUCUAUUGCCAUGGAGAUCAACAGAGGUUACAAGAGAAAAUUUAGUACCGAAGAAAACAUAUGUAACAAAAGGCAGGUAGGACCAAAAGGCCUCCAAUCUGAAAGAAAUUCUGAUGCUAGAAAGCCAAGGUGCAGAAAUAUUCAACAAGAAAAUAAUGCACCAAGCAUGCAACAACCACUAAAUUGUGAAAGUAAAAAUUCUUUUAUGGACCGAAAAAACUUGGUAAAGCAUAAAGCAAAGCCCAGAAGGAAAUCCCUUAAAGAGAAAUGUUUACCGAGGAGUUCCUCCUACUCUGACUUACACCAGAGACCUUGUGCACCUAGCACCUAUGAUAACUGGAAAUUGAAGAGGCAUAGCAGCUUUACUAUUGGUGUAGACUCAAGCUCCGAUGAUGAUGAUGAUGAUGAUAUUUUCAGUUUUGCUGAUGAAAGUCCACUGCAUGCAAAGUUAGGUGAAAUUACAUCAAGCCGCACCAUAAACCGGUAUCCUGACACGGAACAAAGUUCUCAAGAAAGUGAUGUCAUUUCUUUAGCAGCACAACAAGAAAGAGGAAGUUGUAAUAAGGAAAACCAGUUGCUCAGGGAUUGUAUAAAAAGCAAUAGAAAGCGAAAGGCAUUUGGAAGGGCUGAACAAGAUGGUAACAGCAGUGAAAACGAUGAUGAUGAUGGGGAUGAUAUCUUCAGUUUAGGACCUACAAAUACUCAAAAAAAGUUACAAAAUAACAAGGAUUUUGACUGCAAUCAAGAUCAAAUGAACAACCGUAGACAACUCUUCAGUAUUUCUAAGCUGUCUUCAGAUACAAACAUCUUAGAAAUUUCAAAGUACAUUCGUCAACAGCAAUCCAGAAGACAAGACCGAUAAUUUAUUUGAAUGUUUUAGAAAUAUUAUAGUUGGUUUUACUUUUAAGGUCUUUUAAGAUUCCCAAUAGAUAAUAUCUGUGUAAAUGUUUAGAAUAGUAUAAUAAAAGUGCAAUAAUAAUGUUAUAGUUCUGAUAAUUAUAAUUACUGCUAUUAUCAUUUUUAAGAUUAUUAUUUAAUGAUUAUCUUGCUAAUGUAGUCUCAUAAAUUGGGCACAGUAAAUGCAUUACAGAGGGUGUUUUUAUCAUAAUUUUAUUAAAUUUGCUUUAAUAAUCCUGAACACUCAUUAAAAAUGAAAACAUCCAGGGUUCUCCAUCCUUGAUUUGGUCUGAAGCAGCGGAACCUUAUUCCAAAGUGUGUCAUUGCGGUUUUCAGUUUUAAUAUGCUUGAACAUUUUUUUUUAUUUGCAAGAGUACAUUUUUCUAUGAAUAGAAUGGUUUAUUUGAAUAGUGUCUUUAGAAUAUAAAUUAGUUCCUAAUUUUGCGUUCACACGUUUAAUUAGUUUGGUGUAAGGUAUUCAGCCUGUAUAUGAUCACGUUAUAGUUUAUGAUUAUAUUUGUGCAUCUGAUUUGUCAAUACUUUAGAUGUAUGCAUACUAUAAAACUGUAUAGUGCAAUAUAAAAAUAUUUGUGAUUCAAUAUGAAUAAUACAAUAUAGACCUGCCAAUCGUCUUUUUUGAAAAGAUGUUAAAUCCUGUGCAAUUUUUCUUAAAUAUGAAAAUAGAAAAGAUAUAUUUAUAUAUAAGAAGAAGCAAUACGUUUUAACACGUUUAUUUAUAAUUAACAAAUGGUCAACUAAAUAAUAUUGUAUAAUUUUAAUGAUUAAAUGAUUUAUAAAAAUUAUUACCAAUGCCUUCCAUGUGAAUAUACACUGAAAAUACUUUCAUAGAAUUCAUAAAAUAGUUGAUAUGUUUCUGAUUAAAAUGGUUAUGAACGUCGAAUUCCUCAAA